AUGAGUGAUUAUUCUCCUAUGGGUACGCUUCAAAACAAUAGCCAAACGGGGGGAUUUGCGGCUGCUUUAGAACGUGCUAGAUUGGUUGCUGCUAAGCUUGAGGUAGGUGGCAGUAAGAGACCUUUGGAGGAGGGUCCUGAACCGAAUGCGAAAAAAUUAGCUUCAGUGGAUAGUGGAUAUCAACAACAACAAAUGAGUGUAUCGGCAGCAGUAGCACCUGGCGGUCGCGUAGCUGCGCCUGUGGUAGGUGGGGUUACAUCUCCGGCGCCCAGUGGACAAUCCAACCUCAUGCCCGACCAGACUCUUAAUGAGUACAUACGUGUUCCUGAUAAGAUGGUUGGACUCAUAAUUGGUCGCGGUGGUGAGCAGAUAACUCGUCUGCAAGCCGAGUCUGGAUGCAAGAUACAAAUGGCACCGGACUCAGGUGGCCAACCAGAUAGACUCUGUACUCUGACUGGAUCGCGGGAGGCGAUUCAGAGGGCUAAGGAGUUGGUGAAUCAGAUUGUGAAUCACCGUGGUCGCGAGAACGCGCCGCAGCACCAAGACAGCCCUGGCGGCGGUAGCGUCGGCGGCGGCGGAGGUGGUGGCGGCGGCGGCGGUGGCGGUGGCGGCGGCAUGCCCCCGAUGGUCCGGGGAGGCGGCGGUGGAGGCGGCAUGGGUGGCGGAGGUGGCGGCGGCGGACUAGCCGUAACGGAAGAAGUGAUGUUGCCGGGUCCCAAGGUAGGACUUAUCAUCGGUAAAAACGGCAAAACCAUCAAACAACUGCAAGAACAGUCUGGUGCUAAGAUGGUUGUCAUACAAGAUGGACCUAACACAGAAUAUGAGAAGCCACUGCGUAUAUCCGGCGACCCAUCGAAAGUUGAGCACGCCAAACAGCUGGUUUAUGAGCUACUGGCCGAGAAAGAUAUGGGAGGCGGCGGCGGUGGCGGCGGUCCGAGGCCACAGUACGACGACGGCUAUCCGUCACAGGACCAGGGCAAUGGUCUCGCUUCCAAUUCAACAGAGGUAUUAGUGCCAAAGGCGGCAGUAGGUAUUGUCAUAGGCCGCGGUGGAGACAUGAUCAAGAAAAUCCAGGCCGAAACAGGCGCUAGAGUGCAAUUUCAUCAAGAGAGGGAUGACGGCCCUUGCGACAAGAGAUGUUACCUGCAAGGCAAGCCACAUCAAGUAGACCAAGCAAGACAAAUGAUUGAAGAUCUCAUCUCCAGUGUAAAUAGACGCGAACAAGAAGUCCGGGCUGGCCGCGGACGUGGAGGCUCAUCGCAGCGGAACGGCGAGCGUGGCGGAGAUUACCAGCAGUGGCAAGACUCGCCUGAAGUCAGAGUCACUUUUACCGUUUCUAAUCUUAAGUGCGGUCUCAUUAUCGGCAGAGGUGGCGAAGUGAUAAAGCAGAUAAAUGCUGCGUCAGGCGCCCACUGCGAGCUGGACCGGCGGGCGCAGGGCGCCGACCGGAACAACCGCACCUUCUACAUCAGGGGACACCCCGAGGCCGUGGAGCACUGCAAGAGGAUCAUUAUGGAGAAAGUCGGUGUGCCGGUUAACUUCAUUCAAGAAGGUAAUGGUGGUAACGGUAAUGGAAACGGUGGAAACGGCAACGGUAACGGCGGUGGCGAGUUCUACGGCAGCGGUGGCGCUGGCGGCCCGCCCGCCUGGGGCUACAAUCCGCACUGGCACCAGCCCGCCCAGCAGCAGCCACAGCAACAGGUGCAAAUAAAUCCCGCUACGGGCCAGCCGGACUACUCGCAGCAAUGGAUCGACUAUUACCGUUCUAUGGGUCUGAUGCGGGAGGCCGAGGCUAUCGAACAACAGGCCAAGCAGCAGCAACAAGCUGGAAUGGAUGCAACAGCAGGGUCGGGCGGAGGCGGCGGUGGCGCGGCCGCGGCCGGGGGCGGCGCAGGGCCCGCGCCCGCCGCGCCCGCUCCCCAGGCGCCCGCGCACGACUACAGCGCGCAGUGGGCCGAGUACUACCGCAACCUCGGCAAGCUCAAGGAGGCCGAGGCGAUCGAGGCGCAGAUCAAGCAGAAGCAGUCGGGCGGAGGGUCGGGAGCGGCGGGCGCGAGCGCAGGCGGCGCUGCGCCGGGAGCCACGACGCCGGGCGGCUCGGCCGCGCCCGCGCCGUCCGGCGGCGGCCAGUACGCGCAGUACGGCGUUAGGCCAGCGCCGAGGCGGACAACUGAGCAGCCGUCGUGUGAAUUCCUCGUUUUAGAUGUUAACGAAUUAGAUAAGAGUUUGGAAAAUAUAGUCACCUGCGACCCUUAUACAUCUGUUGCUACCACUACAAGCCAGGCAACCGCAAACGUUCACAAUAGAUUGUGCAUUUAG